UUUAAAUAAGAAACUCUGCAAGACGAAACGAAACGAAACCUAACACUUUCUGAAAAAAGAAAUUUUAGGGGAAAACCAAACCAUCAAGAAGAAUUAGGGUAAAAGCAAGGAGAUGAUGACUACGGAUUAUUCCGAACAGGAUCUAGAUCACACUUUUGAUCCUGAUGAUUCCGAUGAUAUCACUAGAUGGGGAGUAUUAUUAUUGAAAUUAACACAAUUUCAACCUGACGCCGAAUCGAAGACCAAUGCCAUAUUAGCGGCUAUAUCCAAACUUGAGGAAGCAAUGUGUAAAGAUUUAUUUAACCCCAAUACAGUAUGGUGGUUGGGUAACGCGUAUAAGGAGCGUGGAUUAAUGACUCCUGACUACAAUGUAGCUGAAAUUUAUUUUGAUAGAGCGAUUGGCUUUUAUAAACUAGCAUUAAUGGAGGAACCAGAGGAUCAAAUAUAUCUCAAGUCUUUGGAAUCAAUUGCUGAGUUAACGACAUGUUUAGCCCAACAGGCAGCAAGAGCAGAAAACUCUUCCACUUCAUAUGCAGAGGAAACUACAAAGGCUGCAGAAUAGUAUCCGGAAAAGUAUGAGAAGCAGAGGAAGCGGAAAGUCUUGCGUUUUUUGAAGCUGUGAGAUGGAUCAAAAGUCAAGGCCUUUCAACUGUCUGCUUAAGAGGAGAUGCAAAAAAAGUAGUUUCUUCUUUGACCUUCUUUAAACUAAUGACCAGAUUAGCUGGUUUAAUGAAACAGUUCUAGAUGAUUGUCUGUCGUUAUUAGUCAUUGUCUUUCUUUAAAGUUGCUUUUAUUGGUAGGGAUCUUAAUGGUGUAGCUGUUUAGUAGGAAGUUCAAUGUCACAGGUGAAUGGGUUAAGUCUGUACCCAUAUUUCAUACCGUAAACUCUUUUAUUUUGGAAUU